AUGGCCAUGGAAAUUGUCAAGCACGGUGAGGAGGAGGAGUUCGCCAUCAAGCCCCAGGCCUCUGUCCCUCACCUGGACACGAGCAGCUGGCCUCUGUUGCUCAAGAACUACGACAAGCGCAAGUUUCUUGCAGUUCUCGUCCGGACGGGUCACUUCACCCCCAUUCCGGCAGGAUGCAGCCCUCUGAAGAGAGACAUCAAGUCCUACAUCUCUUCCGGUGUCAUCAACCUUGACAAGCCCUCCAACCCCAGUUCCCACGAGGUUGUCGCUUGGGUCAAGCGUAUCCUUCGCGUUGAGAAGACCGGUCACAGCGGUACCCUUGAUCCCAAGGUCACUGGUUGCUUGAUUGUUUGCGUCGACCGUGCCACCAGACUCGUCAAGUCCCAGCAGUCUGCUGGUAAGGAGUACGUUGCCGUCAUCCGCCUUCACGACAAGCUGCCCGGCGGCAAGGUCCAGUUCGCCCGCGCUCUCGAGACUUUGACUGGUGCCCUCUUUCAGCGCCCUCCUUUGAUCUCUGCCGUCAAGCGUCAGCUGCGUAUCCGUACCAUUCACGAGAGCAAGCUCAUCGAGUUCGACAAUGAUCGCCACCUCGGUGUCUUCUGGGUUUCUUGCGAAGCUGGAACCUACAUCCGUACCCUCUGCGUCCAUCUCGGUCUGUUGCUCGGUGUUGGUGGCCACAUGCAGGAGCUCCGAAGAGUGCGCUCUGGUGCCAUGGGCGAGAGCAAGGAGAUGGUUACUCUGCACGACGUGCUUGAUGCUCAGUGGACCAUGGACAACACCAGGGAUGAGUCUUACCUGCGCAAGGUCAUCUCUCCCCUGGAGACUCUUCUCACUGGCUACAAGCGUGUUGUGGUCAAGGACAGCGCUGUCAACGCUGUCUGCUACGGUGCUAAGCUUAUGCUUCCCGGUCUUCUGAGAUACGAGUCCGAAAUUGAGGUUCACGAUGAGGUCGUUCUCAUGACCACCAAGGGUGAGGCCAUCGCCCUCGGCAUUGCUCAGAUGUCCACCGUCGAGAUGUCGACAUGCGAUCACGGCGUGGUUGCCAAGGUCAAGAGAUGCAUCAUGGAGCGCGACUUGUACCCCAGAAGAUGGGGUCUUGGUCCCCUCGCCUCCGAGAAGAAGAAGAUGAAGGCCGACGGCAAGCUCGACAAGUACGGCCGCCCCAACGAGGCCACUCCCGCCAAGUGGGUGUCGGAGUACAAGGACUUCGGAGCUCCUGCUGGUGAGGCUGCUCCUGCAGCGGCGGCUCCGGCCACUCCCCAAAAGGCGGUGGAGUCUACGACAGCUACUCCCGCCGCAGUCACCCCUGCCAAUGCCGAGGAUGAUGGCGAGUCCAAGAAACGCAAGAAGCACGAGGGCGAGACACCCGACGAGAAGGCGGAGCGCAAGCGUCGGAAGGCUGAGAAGAAGGCGGCCAAGGCCGCGAAGAAGGCAGCCAAGGGUGGUGCUGACGACGAUGACGACAGCGAGUAA